CCCGGAUACGAGGUUGGUAUAAAAGGGCUGCUCGGGCUGCACGCCUUUCUUUUCAAGGAAGACGCGGUCGCAGGUUCGGCGGAGGCGCGCUGUGCUCGCUUCUGCUCCUGACUCACCGCUGUUCGCUCUCGCCGAGGAACAAGUCGGUCAGGAAGCCGCGCUGCAGCCAUGGCUUUUAAAGAUACCGGGAAAACACCUGUGGAGCCAGAGGUGGCGAUUCACCGAAUUAGAAUUACUCUCACCAGCCGCAACGUAAAGUCCCUGGAAAAGGUGUGUGCUGACUUGAUCAGAGGCGCAAAGGAGAAGAAUCUUAAAGUGAAAGGACCAGUUCGGAUGCCUACCAAGACUUUGAGAAUCACUACAAGAAAAACUCCUUGUGGUGAAGGUUCUAAGACUUGGGAUCGUUUCCAGAUGAGAAUCCACAAGCGACUCAUUGACCUGCACAGCCCUUCUGAGAUUGUUAAGCAGAUUACCUCCAUCAGUAUUGAGCCAGGAGUUGAGGUUGAAGUCACCAUUGCAGAUGCUUAAAUCAACUGUUUAAUAAAUUGAUGACAAGUUG